AUGGCACCAUCUAUGGAUUUUGUAAUUUCUGGCCUUUUUUGUGCUGAAUAUAAGAAUGCCAUUCUUGAAAACGUGUACGAUGAUGUUCGUACAUUGUUUCAUGAGAAUCAUCAAAACAGUCAGCAAACUCUGUGUUUGACUGCUGUGCCAUUUCAGAGUGAUGAUUGUGUGGCUAUAAUGAUUAAGAAAGAAUGUGAAUAUGUGCCUUGUGCUGAUUAUCUUGAAAUGUUGAAAAAUGGGGAAUUUGAUGUUGGGUCAAGAGAGCAAAUUCUUGAUUGGAUUUGCAAGGUUCAUUCACAGUUCAAAUUUGGACCAUUGUGUCUAUAUUUGUCUGUGAACUACCUUGAUAGGUUUCUUUCUGUCUUUGAGUUACCUGAGGAAAAAGAAUGGACAAUGCAGUUGCUUGGUAUAGCCUGUGUGUCUAUUGCUGCUAAAAUGGAAGAGAUUGAAGUUCCUCUAUCUAUAGAUUUACAGAUUGAGGAAACACAAUUUGUGUUUGAAGAAAGUACCAUACAAAGAAUGGAGCUUGUUGUGUUGAAAACAUUGAAUUGGAGAAUGCAUGCAGUUACACCAUUCUCAUAUAUUGAUUAUUUCCUCAAGAAGAUUAAUGGUGAACAAAUUGUUUCAAGAUCUUCAAUGUUAAAAGCUACUAAUCUCAUAAUAGGAACAUUGAAAGGAAUUCACUUCUUGGAAUUCAAGCCCUCUGAGAUUGCAGCAGCUGUGGCAAUCUAUGUGGUGAAAAAUGAGACAGGUGGCAUUGAGAAACCAACAUUUGCCCUGCUUCAACAAGUACAAGAGGAUAAAGUAAAGAAGUGUGUUGAAUUGAUUACAGAAUCAUCUUUGCUAAGUGACUUUGGUGCCUCAACUCUUGUGGUUCCUCCAAGUCCAACAGGUGUAUGGGAUGUUGCAAGUUCAAGUGACAUGAGUGAUGAUGAUGAUUCAAGUCCAAUUUUCCCAGAUGAUGAGCCAGCUACCAAGAGAAGGAUUGAUGAAAUGAUUGGAUGAAAUGAAUGAGUGAAACCUUAUCUUCGUCAUGCCAUUUGUUUUGAUUAAUAUUUGUGUCCAGAACAGUUUGGGCGCAGCGCGGGUCAAGUACUUUAUGGGGGUACAUUAGACUUCUUCAUAGCUAGAAAAAAGCCAAAAAAAAAAUAAAACAAGGAGAUUUAGGAAGGGGAAAUUGAGAAAAAAGACAAAAAAAAAAUUGUUCUUGCUUUAAGUAUUAGAAAGGUAAACUUUGUUUUAUGCUUGGGGCCAUAUAAAACAGUAAGGGGCAAAAUAGGAAGAAAAAUGUUGAGUUGUGUAAUUCAU